CUGAAACAUGAUUUAUUGAGUAUUGUUAUUUAUUUGUACAGUUGAAGGAUAGAUGGCAGGACCUGGAACAGGAUUUAUUGAGUAUUGUUAUUUAUUUAUUUAUUUGUACAGUUGAAGGAUAGAUGCCAGGACCUGGAACAGGAUUUAUUGAGUAUAAAAAGAACAAAAAAGAGUUUGCAGACUGUAGAGAAAAUGGCAAAGGCUGACCACAGUGAAAACAUAGAGAAAACAACAAAAGCUGACGACAGUGACGACAGCGACUUUAUAGCCACAGAUUCCGGUCGCCACAGCUUCCAGGCUGAGGAUGAAAAUGACCAACCAGAUAAUGAAGAAAUAUUGAUUGACAUCCCAACGAUCCGCCCACCGGUAGGAUUUCGAUCUCCAGUUGAUGAAGAAUACUUGAGUGAAAACCUUAAACUACAGAAAGAACCCCAGAAUCCAAGUCCAGCUAUAGAUUGUUAUUCAUCAAAGCCGGACUCUGACCUAGACUGGACUUACCCCAAAAUACCUAAAGUAAAGAUUAUACACUCUAAUUUUGAAAGUAGUGAAAAAUCCAUUAAAAGAGCAGCUGAUAAAAAUGAAUGGCUUCCAGAAAAAGAAAUGGAGCUUUUCCAGAAUAAGGAAACUCUUAGAAGAAGUUAUCGCUCCUUCAAUAGGCAUACAGGAAAAGAAUACAAUUCUUCACCAAACGGUAGAAGAUACCAACAAAAGAGAAACCCCACUCUCGAGAAACGACACCGUUCUUUAGAACGCACUGACAUCCGUUGUCAUAGAAACCAAAGGAAAGAAAGCCGAUCAGUUGACAGGCUCGACUUGCGAGAUGAUCUGCACCAUACAAUCAGUAAAGGUUCAGAAGAUCGUGAUUUUAUUAACGAACAAAACAAAGGGGAGACACAUAACCACGAACAAGAAAACUACGAUAACAGCGAGCUGUGUGAAAGAAAAAUUGGAAUAAUUGAAACCGAUUUCAAUGAAUUUGGGGACAGCUCUAAUGUAAGCUCUGCCGACAGACAGACCAAUGGUGUUGGUGCAAAAAUAAUCUCAAGCAACUGUGAGAGUGGGUACUCUGAUGGAAUGGUCCGAAGCAGUCCACUUCCAAGUCCAGAAGAGAAUGAUAAGCAUUGGGAGAACGUGUACAAUUUUCUUCCGGAUAAUUCGAACCAACUUAGAAAACCGGAUAAAAAAAAGGUUUGGGAUAUUUUUAAUGUUGGUUUAUCAGAAGCUACAGAACGGCAUGGAGGAUCCAUUGACCUCAGCUAUAAAAUUAGUAAUUCUGAUGAACUUGGAGAGAGAAGGCUUGAAACUGUAGUAGAGGAGAAACCUGAUUGGAAGAACGAUGACCCAAUUGUGGGAAACGUCGACAGACCCUCCACGAGUGUCUGGAACGAAAAAGAAGUGAAAUAUGUUGAUUCUUCUGGUUUUUUCUUUAGACCAAACACCACUUUGUUUGGCUCUUUGCUUGAUGUAGAAUCAAGCCAAGUCCAGACGGCAAACAAGACUUUACUAGAGGAGCCCAUCAGGCCAGUCACCAAGAUGUUCCCAUUACCUGUUGCGUACAGAAAUAACUUGUUAUUACGUAGAAAGUUUAACUCUGACCUUUACUCCGGAGUAGAGAAAACCACAGAUGCCACGUGUAGUCUUUAUGACACGUGCAACAACGACGAGAACCAUGCUCCAACAGAUAGCAUUAGUGCACUCGUACAUCGGGAAAUUACAGAGGCUGUGAAAGAGAUGAAUGGCUGGUUGUGACACUGCAAUAUUGUCCUCUAGUGUUAAGAGUGAGAACUAAUACUCGUAAAUCGGUGUAUAAGUGCAUCUUAUUAUUAUAUUUCAUCAUUAAGUUUUUUUUGUUGUUGGUCACACAACAUAUAAUAUCCAGUUCCCCGUUUUCUCUUACACGAAUCACAAAUUCAGUUAAAAUUUAUUUUUUACGUAGAGUUAAGGAUUGACAGAAGAAUUGAAAAUAUAAUUCCUGGUUAUUUCCAACGAGAUACGAUUUGUCGUAUUCUUCACUCUUUAAACUGGUGUUAACUUAUAGUAGCAUUGAUGUAUUAUAGGCUAUUGUACUUAUUUUCGUUAUAGCACACAACACGCCCUAGAUAUUUGAACAGCUCAUGCUCAUCCCACAGUGAGGAUGGCAACCCACAACACUCUGGAUGCUCAGAUGUAAAGAGGUCAGAUCUAUAGCUUUAAACACACACUUUGGAUGUUCAGAAUUAAAACAGCGAAUCAAAAUACUGAAACCUACCACAUUUUUGCCAUAGUUUUAAUUUAAAAUACAAUAGUAUAAAUAUUCGAUUACUUUUUGUAUUCGCAUACAAAGAAAAUUAACAGAAAUUUUAAAUCAUUGUGUGCGCGUGUCAGCUUGUAACUGGCGAACCGUUGGACCGAUUAUCGCCAAACUUGUAAUGUAAUCUUAGCCCCCUCCCCUACGGAAGUGAUAUGGGGGGUCUGGUGUUGGGAUCUGACCUCCUUUGUCUUCUUCGUGCGUUUUGUCCACGUAUAACUGUUAAACCGAUCAUCGGUGAGUGACAUGGGUGAUCGGCGUUCGGACCUGACCCUUAUGUCACCCCAGUUGGUUCCUAUGGUUUUCCCGUGUGUCAGCGAGUAUUAUAAUAUUAAUGUGUUGUCAGCCGUUAAAAUUAUGAACUCAUUUCUACAAUGUACUUAAAAUUAUAAAUAUUACUUAAAGACGAAUCACUUUGUUGUUGCAUCUAAAUCAUUAAAACUAAAUUAACUACACGUUUCGUAAAAACCCUCGUUGUCACUUUUAAUACCAAUUUACUUUAUCGUUUCUAAAUAAAAUAAAAUCAAGUAAUUUUUGUAUGUAUUCUGAAUGUUUAUCUAAAACAAAGCAAUAGAGACAAACGUCAACUUUAUGGUUGUCUGUGCUUCCCCCUGGCGAAGUAAAAUUAUCAUUGAAAGCCCUCUAGUGACGUUCUUUAGAAACAAUAUUUGGUUGUAUUGUAAUCAGGCUUGUUGCUCCUUUACAAUCUGUCAGGUAAAUGACUUAAAACAAGGUAGAAAAAAUGAUAAUUGUUACACUUUAUCCAAUCUUCUACACAACUAUCAACAUACUAACUUAACCAAUAAAUGCAUCGAAUCAAAAUGAUAGAAAUAGUUCAUUUCGAUUGAAAGACUCGUGCAUCAAGUGAACUCAAAAUAAACGUUUCACUGAACAUAAUGUAUUUCAAGAUGUCUAUUACUACAUUAGAAGCAACUAAAACAAUCGUUUAAAAUGUUGUUGUUUGCAUUUUUAAAUCUCAGUCAAUUAAUGGUCAACAUUUUACAGGUCUUGUAAUAUUGGAUGGAUGAGUGGAUCUGUGGAUUAGCAUGCACAUUUACGGGAUCGAUCAAAAUAACAAUCCACAUUUAAAUUUCAAAAUGCUCAUAUUAAAUAGUCUCAGAAUGGGGGGAUCAAGGGAAUUUUGGAGGUUUUUAGGAUCGGUCGUACCGAUAUACAUGUAAAUGACUUGAAAAUAAA